AGGCGGGACGUAAACAGAGCUGCAGAGAGGAGCUAGUCGUCGGUCGGAGAACGGCUGGAAGCGCCGCCGUCUUUGUGUUUUUUUGCGAAAACACGGUUCUUUAGAGAAGAACAUUUCUUUCCGACUUCAGCUACAGUGAUAGCUAAGUUUGGAAAGGAGGGAAAGAAGUAAAAGCCGUGUUUCUCAUUAUUUCACUCUGUUUCUGAAUGCAGAGAUAGCCGUUGACCUCCUUUACAAAAGAGGGGAGCCUUUAUUAUUAGAAGGAGAAAAAAAACCUUUCUAGUUUUUUCUGGCAUUCUGCAAAAACUAAAGAUGGAUAACUCUGGACACAAGAAAACACGCUGUGAAUCUAUCCGAGAUUUCUUCACUUCAGCAAAAUUCCUUAUUUACAUGGGACAUGCUCUGUCAACAUGGGGUGACCGCAUGUGGAACUUCGCUGUGUCUGUUUUCCUGGUGGAGCUCUAUGGGAACAGCCUGCUCCUCACAGCCGUGUAUGGGCUGGUGGUGGCCGGCUCCGUGCUCCUGCUGGGGGCCAUCAUUGGUGACUGGGUAGACAAAAACCCGAGACUUAAAGUGGCUCAGACUUCGCUGCUUGUGCAGAACAGUUGUGUCAUCCUGUGCGGCGUCCUCCUGAUGCUUGUUUUCCAGUUCAAAGAGCAGCUCAUGGAGCUUUACAAUGGAUGGAUUCUGACUGUCUGCUACAUUCUGGUCAUAACCAUCGCCAACAUCGCCAACCUGGCCAGCACGGCAACGGCAAUCACCAUCCAGAGGGACUGGGUGGUGGUUGUUGCUGGUCAGGACAGCAGCAGGCUUGCAGACAUGAAUGCAACCGUGCGGAUUAUUGACCAACUGACAAACAUCCUGGCGCCAAUGUUAGUUGGUCAGAUAAUGACUUUUGGCUCCCAUUUUGUUGGGUGUGGCUUUAUAUCGGGCUGGAACCUGUGUUCCAUGUGUGUGGAGUACGCGCUGCUCUGGAAGGUGUACCAGAAGACUCCUGCACUGGCGGAGAAAGCCGGGCAAAAGGAGCAGGAGCUCAAACAGCUCGGCCCCUCAAGAGAUGUGGAGAACGGUCAGAGUCCUGAAGAAUCAUCUCAGCCGCUCAUGAAUGAAACAGCAGUAGUGACCAGCCCCGACUCCCCCAAGAAGGAGGGCUGCUGCUACCAGGUAGCUGAACCCAUGCGCACCUUCAAGGCUGGCUGGGUGGCCUACUACAACCAGAACAUCUUCUUGGCUGGCAUGUCAUUGGCCUUCCUGUACAUGACGGUACUCGGCUUUGACUGCAUCACCACGGGCUACGCCUACACCCAGGGCCUCAGUGGCUCCGUGCUCAGCCUGCUGAUGGGAGCGUCAGCCAUCUCCGGCAUCUGCGGCACUGUUGCCUUCACUUGGAUUCGCAAGAAGUGCGGCUUGAUUCGCACAGGCUUCAUCUCCGGUGUAGCACAGCUCUCCUGCCUCAUGCUGUGCAUCGCGUCCGUCUUUGCCCCAGGAAGUGUCUUCGACCUCAGCAUUUCACCCUUCCAGGACCUUUACACCCACCUAAUGGGGGAGCAGUCCCUGCCAGAAGCUGACCACAACCUCAUCAGUCUGAACGUCACCACGGUCGCACCAGCUGAAGAGAUGCCACCCCUGCAGUCCUACAUGUCUGUCAGUCUGCUGUUUGCCGGUGUCAUUGCUGCUAGAGUUGGUUUAUGGUCUUUCGACCUGACAGUGACCCAGCUCAUCCAGGAGAAUGUGAUCGAGUCAGAGCGAGGUGUGAUCAACGGCGUCCAGAACUCCAUGAAUUACCUCUUAGACCUGCUGCAUUUCGUCAUGGUGAUUCUGGCUCCGAACCCCGAGGCCUUCGGCCUGCUGGUCAUCAUCUCCGUCUCUUUCGUGGCCUUAGGUCACCUCAUGUAUUUCCGAUUUGCCUUCAAAAGCCUCGGCAGCCGCCUCUUCCUCUGCUGUUCGCCGGAGCAGAAGGUGGAGACGGUUGACAGCCUCUCACUUCCUACCACCGUCUAAACCACGUUAAAGAGACUCGUUUAAACUUACAGAGCCUAACCCUACUCUGCAUCCGACAUUUCUUACUAACAUCGCUGCGUGUAGACGGCAGUCAGCUUAUACUAACCAGAGUAACCUAACAUGCUAUCCAUAGCUAUGAAUAAAGUGCUUAUCAGUAGGAGAAACAGAUGCAUACUCAGAGCAGGGUUUCAGUAAAGCUUUCGACUAGGAAACUGGGAUUUGGAUCCCAGUGAAGAUAUCGGGAGAUUCUGCAAACGUCUGUUAGCCUGAUUGCAGCUGCAAAGAUGUUUAAUAGGUGCUACAGCUUGUAGACAAGCAGGACAAGGGAGAGUCCUUGCAGGGAAGCAGGCGCCGCCGCGGCUUACUUCUGAAGAUGACGCGUGAGAAGAAAUGAAAAAGAAUAGCCUUUAUUUUGAGAGUUUCUUCUGCCGCUGCUGGGUCUCUUCACUAUAUCACUAACAGGCUUCUUUAUUUUUUUUUGCAUAUGUGCUAUAGAGAUACUUUCAUUAAGAGCAGUGGAUGUCUUUCUGAAGAAGACAAGGGGGAUACUAUUAACAUAACCAAAAUGGGGAUGCAGUCUCUUUAAUAGCGUUUUUUAAGGGUUUCCCGUUUAGCUGUAUUUAUUCAAGAAACCCAGGCGGUGGUUUUCAUAAUAGCAGUAUUGUUCUACUUUACUUUGUGCCAUAAGAAACAAGAGAGAACUGUUGUGCGCCCAAUCAAUGGCUCUCAAUAACCAAAGUACAUAUGCAUUUUUUAUAAAAAGGAAGUGAGGGAAAUCUGUUUUUCAUCUUAAGCAUUCCAAACAUACACAUUCACAUUUGGUGGCUUUAGCACAACUUCAUAUAAAUACCCAUUUGAAGAUUGUUGUUCAUUUUUUUUCUUGCCAGCUUAUCUAAAAUCGAUGAUUAUUUUUCCUUCUGUUGUGAUUGUGGUUACUCAGGCACUUUAAGUGAUUGACAUCUGUCAUUACACAGCUAAUGCAUGAUCAGGCAUUAGUACAACUUUUCGUUUUGCACAAGGUCGAAGUCCUCAACCACCCCCUAUCUACUGCACAGUCUCAUUUAAGUCAUGUGUCAUCUGAGAAUAGGACCGGUAGUUUAAAAAAGAAGGCACAUACCGGCUGCAGCACAUGUUCAUGAGGAAAUACCUACCAUUCCCUGAAACUAGUCAGCAAUAUUUCACGGCUACCAACAAUAUGCUGUGGUUUUUAAUAUUUUAUUUUUUUGUUUUUUGCUGCUGAGCGUUCAUAGAUGGAACAAUUUUCUCAAGUGAAGUUUUGGCCAAUUGUGCUAUAAACUUUGGCUUCUUGUGUUAAAUGUAGUGUUUGAAAUGGUACCCCCCAAUUGGUUUUUCUUUGUUGGAAGUGAUUUGCAGAUUAGAGUUGUCUGAAAAAUGAUGUUGCAACAACUUAUUAUGAGCAAACUUUUUUUUUUUUUUAAAGACGGUUGGAAAAAGUACCAUAGCUUUUAUUUGUUUUCUCAAAUUCUCUGUAAGAUCCUUUUAGACCAAUCUUUAAUCUCUGAGCUGAGUUCCUCAUUUAUCACGUCCAUAUGUAGAAAUAUCUACAAGCAUCUAAAGUGGCUUUAUUUGUUUAUUUCUUUUUGAAGCCUUAAUGAAACUUGCCUUGACAGCUGUGGAACGCACACAUGUUGAAAAGCUACACUCACUACACAGCCACCAACACUUGGCUACUUAAGUGACAAAGCAGUGGCCAGUCUGAGCACGCUCAGUUGUGGUGAGCUGGAAGCAGAAAUUGCCACGGCAGAUAUACUUGAACAGCGUUUCACUUCAUGGCAUUGAGUCUAUUUGCAGGCAUACUGCUAAAAACCUCACUUGAAAUAGGAUCAGAUUUUUGCAACUAUAGCAGCUCAGAGAGCAGUUCAAUUCAGGAAUCUCACAUAAAACUAUUCAAACUUCUAUUUUGUAAUGCAGAUGACAUUUAUGAGCCAUUAUACAUACUUCAGUGUAUAAUUGGAAAGAAAUAUAUAUCUAUAAAAAGUGUGUUCUGUUGUAAUUCUGUUUGUCAUGCAUUUUCUGUUUUUAUAUUUUUAUAUACCUUGUGUUUAAGGCGCACCAGUUUGAGAAUUUCUUUAAAGCUCUUGAAAAUUUGUAUCAGGCAUUUACUGCAUGAUGUUUGAAUAUCUAAUACACUCCUUUAAUCUUUAUUUGUGAUAAAGUACUCGUGCACAUACAGUAUUAUUGUAGAUUGAUGGGCAAGACCUCGAAAUCACGAAGAAAUCAAAAUGAUUGCUGGUAAAUAAUCUCACUCCUGUAGUUACUAUGAACAUGUGGAUGUUGUUGCAUAGAUAUCAAAAUAAAAAGAAGUAUUUAGAAA